AUGCCAUUCGUCACUGCUGAGGCAGCUGUCCUCAAGUCCUACGACUACAUAGUUAUUGGAGGAGGAACUGCAGGCUUGACUGCUGCUGUUCGCCUUUCCGAAAAUCCCUCCGAGUCGGUUCUUGUAUUGGAGGCAGGGAGUGCGAACCUCGGCGACCCAAAAAUAGAUAUUCCUGGCCAAUUCGGUUGCACAUUAGGCGAUCCCAAGUAUGAUUGGAGAUUUUCAACCGUGAAACAGAGGCACGUCAACGAUAGAGAAAUUAUGUGGAGUCGAGGAAAGGGACUAGGUGGAUCCUCUACAAUAAAUUUCUACGCCUGGACCAGACCACCAGCAAAGGAUGUGGAUGCAAUAGAAAGGCUAGGAAACCCUGGGUGGAAUUGGGAUGAUUUUGUCAAGUAUUCAAAAAAGUCUGAGACGUUUCGAUCUCCACUUCCUGAGGUAACAGAUAAAUAUCCACAUUCGGUAGACCUUAGAAAUAGAGGCUCAUCAGGGCCUGUGCAAGUCACUAUUGCGCCACACUUCCAUACGUUGGAUAGGGUCUUUCAGCAAACUAUGCGCAACAUUGGUCUAAACUCCCAACACGAUCCGUAUGGUGGAGAUAUUAAUGGGUCAUGGAUGGCUACUGCAAAUCUUGACCCUGACACCUGGACUCGUUGUUCGUCCGUAUCAGCAUACCUAUUACCCAACAUCAAUCGAGGAAACCUAUUCGUUUUAACUCAAGCACUGGUAUCCCGUGUUCUUUUUCAACCCGCACGUACAGGUCAGGACAGGACAAUAAGCGGCGUGGAAUUCUUGUGUGGUGGACGUAUAUAUCGUAUAAAAGCUGACCGAGAGGUCGUGUUAUGUGCAGGAGCAGUCAAGUCACCUCAGAUACUGGAACUUUCGGGUGUUGGAAAUCCCGCUGUGCUUGCAAACCUAGGCGUCAAAAUGCAGGUUGCUCUGCCCGGUGUCGGAGAGAACCUUCAGGAGCAUCUAAUGAACACACUCGGUCCUUAUGAACUGGAUCCACGAACAUCGCACGAGACGCUUGAUCUCCUCAAAGAUCCUAAAUACGCCGCUAAUGCAAGGGCUCUCUACUCCCGUGGCAUGGGCAUUUACCGCAAUUCUCUUUCCUCAUUCGUAUACUUCCCGUUGCAAAAGGUCAAUCCACGUGCAUCAGCAGCAGUGGUGAAGAGGGCCGAGCGUGAAAUCGAUCUGCAAGUGAGGCAGGGAACGCUAGCACCUGGCCAACUAGAACAACUCAGCCUUCAGGUAGCUGCCCUCCGGGACGACACUAUACCUGACUGUGAAAUUAUCCUAUGGCCAGGAUCAACGCCGGGAGCUCCGACGACUCCGGGCAAGAGAUAUAUCAGUUUUGGAAGCUAUCUAAAUCACCCCAUUUCAAGAGGUUCUAUUCAUGCUAUCAGCACCGACCCGACCAAAAGCCCUAUGAUUGACCCCCAUCACCUUGAAAGCGAUGUUGAUCUUGAGAUCUUGGUUCAAAAUUUCAAGUUCAGCCGCAGAAUUAUGGAGGUUGAGCCGCUGAAGUCGAACGUUAUCCGGGAGAUACUGCCUGGACCUGCCUGCCAAACAGACUCUCAGAUUCGAGGUAAGGUCGACGAGUACUCUUGGAAUGGUUUCCAGAUAAUGAUAAAUAUCUAUUGGAAUGCAGAGUAUUUGAAGAAUAAUGUUUCUAACGGAGGACACGCCGUUGGCACCUGCUCUAUGCUUCCCCGUAGCAAGAACGGGGUCGUAAAUCCACGGUUGAAGGUGUAUGGUAUCACUAAUUUACGCGUCGCCGACCUUUCCGUAAUUCCCAUUCAUAUCGCGACUCAUCCUCAAACCAUUGCCUACGUUAUUGGAGAGAAAGUGGCGGACUUCUUGAAAGAUGGUACUUGA